AUGAAUAUAAAUAAUAAAAUUAGUGAUAGUGAUAGUUAUAAAAAUGAUUUUAUAAACCCAAAGAAAAGAUUAUUUUCUCAACAAGAAUUAUUAAAUGGUUUAGAUUCAAAUGUUAGAAAUAAUUCAAAAAGACAAUUUGGUUCUUUCUCAACUAAUAAUAGUAAUAAUAUAAAUAAUAAUAAUAAUAAUAACGAAAAUAAAGCAAAAUAUUCCCUAAAUUUUCCAUCACAACAAAACAAUAGUAGUAACCAACCUAUUUCAGAUUCUGAUUUAUCACCAUUUGAUUUACCUGCUCUAUCCUUCAACAGUUUAAUACCUAAUAAUAAUGUUAAUAUCAAUAAUAUAAGUAAUCACAAUAAUAAUAUUAAUAAUAAUAAUAAUAAUACUAAUAAUAAUAAUAACAAUAUUAAUAAUAAUAAUAAUAAUAAUAACUUCAAUAAAGCAUCAAACCAUAUAUCAUUUCAAAAAAGAACAACACCUUUAAUUCAAAACCAACCAACUUCAACAAAACCAUUUGAUCCCUUUGACGAUGAUGAAGAAAAUAAAAAUAGUAAUUGUAACAACAAUAAAAUUAAUGUCAAUAAUAAUAAUAAUAAUAAUAGCAAUAAUGAUAAUAAACAAUCAAACAUUGAUACAACAUCGGUAACAAUUGAAGAUGAUUUCGAGUUUGAAUUUGAUGAUAAUGAUUUUAAUGAUAUAAAUAAUUUGGAUAAUAGAAAUAGUAAUUCAAAUAGUAACUCAAUUGUAAAUAGUGUAAAUAGUGUAAAUAAUAAUAAUAAUAAUAAUAAUAAUAAUAAUAAUAAUAAUAAUAAUAAUAAUAAUAAUAAUAAUAAUAAUAAUAAUAAUAAUAAAACAAUAAAUAGUAUAAAAAGUAAGAAUGAAGAUAUAAAUAAAUCAUUUGAUAGUUUCAUACAAUCAUAUAAAUCAAAUUCGAGUCAACAACAACAACAACAACAACAAAUUAAUGAAUCAUUAUUAAAUAAUAAAUUAUUUAAUAAUAACAAUAGCAAUAAUAAUAAUAAUAAUGAAAUAUUAAUUAAAGAAGAAGAAAUUGAAGAAAAUAUUAAACAUGAACCAUUUAAAAAGAUAGCAAUUUCAUUAAAAGGUACAAUUACUCAUUUAUAUUGUACGGAACAUCAAGAACCAAAUUUAUUGGAAAUUCCAAAAGAGAUACCAUCAAUAUUGAGUGGAGUAUUAAGAUCAAUGGGUUAUAAUAAACUUUAUAGUCAUCAAUUGGAAUGUCGUUCAAAGGUAAUACAAGGUGAUGAUGUUAUUAUUACAACACCAACAUCAAGUGGUAAAACACUUUGUUUAUUUCUACCGAUAUUUGAAGAGAUAUUAAAAGCAAAAUUAAAGAAUUUACAAAUCUCUCAAAACGUUUUAAAACAACCCUUAAUUAAAACUCCAAGUGCAAUGUUUUUAGUACCAUUGAAUGCAUUGGCAAAUGAUCAAUUAAACUCAAUCAAUAGGUUGAAUCAAAUGUUACCCAUUGAUUUACGUUUAAAUAUUAAUAGUUUUAGUCGUGAUACUCAAAAAGAUUCAUUAUCAAGACUAUUUUCAAAUAAGUCAACCAAACCCGACAUCAUCCUAACAAGUCCCGAUUGGUUACAUUAUCAACUCUAUAGAGGUGGUUUAAAAAGUGGUUCGGAUGAUAGUUGGAGAAAAUGGUUCAGCGAUCUUCGUUUCAUAGUUUUAGAUGAAAUUCAUACAUAUUCUGGCGCAUUGGGUUGUCAUUUUAUAAAUUUAAUUAGACGUAUUCAAAACUAUCAUUUUAAUUUAAAUUCAAAAAUCAAUUUUUUAAAUAGUAAUAGAUUACAAUUUUUAAUGGCAUCAGCUACAGUUGGUAAUCCAAUUGAAAUUGGAUUAAAAACCAUUAGUAGACAAAAUGAGUCACCUCAAAGAUUACAUUUAAUCGAUAGAAAUGGUUCGGGAUCAUUUGGAAAAGUAUUUCUAACACUUAGACCAACUAAAAAUUCAUUUUAUUUACCAUCGAUAAUUAUAAACAAUUGGAUUCAGUAUGGUAUAAAGGGUAUUGUAUUCUUUAAUACAAUUAAAUCAUUGAAUACUCUAUAUGAAAGUUUUUCAAAUGAUGGUAAAUUCUCACAGAAAGCUAAAUUGGUAAGACCCUAUUACGCAUCGUUAUCAGCCGCUCAUAAAAAGGAAACAUUGGAACAAUUGAAACGUGGUAAUGUAAAUGUAAUCCUAUCAACCAAUGCAUUGGAGGCAGGUGUCGAUAUCUCAGAGUUGGAUGCAUGUCUAAUCAUUGGUUAUCCUGGUAGUAAAAUGAGUUGGAAACAACGUGUUGGUAGAGUAGGUAGAUCAAAACUUGGUUUAGUACUAUACAUACCAGAUUACUAUAGUCCAUUAGACAAAUUCUUUUCAAAUAAUCCAAUGUCACUCUAUGAAGGUGAAGCUGAAAAACUUUCAUUCAAUGGUGAUUUUCCAAAUAUUUUAUCAUCACAUUUACUUUGUGCAACUUCUGAAAUUGGUAUACAAUCAAAUUAUAAUUAUCUUUUAAAACUUUUUGGUCCAAAUUCUCAAUUAAUUUUACAAAAUUUAUUAAAUAAUAAUAAAAUUUAUUUACAAUCAAUAAAUAAUAAUAAUAAUAAUAAUAAUAAUAAUAAUAAUAACAAUGGUUUAUGGAAAUCUAAUGAUUAUCAUCAUUUAUCAAUAUCAUUAAGAGGUGGUUCAGGUACAAAUGAUAUUGUAAAUGUUAAAUUAAAUUCAAUUAAUGGUGAUAUCAUUGAAAAAGUUUCAAAAUCUCAAAGUAUAACACGUUUAUUCCCUGGUUCAAUAUUUAUGACUCAUAAUACUGAAAGUUUUAGAAAUAAUAGUGGCCCAAUUUCACAUUUUGAAGUUUUAGAACUUUCAUUAAAUACUACAAACAAUAAUAAAAAUUAUAAUAAUAAUAAUAAUGAAUAUUCAAAUAGUUUUGCAAUUGUAAAACCAAUUCAUUUUCCAAAGAGUGUUCGUAUUGUUACAACUGCAAAUAAAAUAAAUACAGUUGAAAUGAAACAAAUUUUAAAACAAUCUUUUUUCAAUUUUAAAUCAAAUUCUCAAGUAAAAUUAUUAGUUUCAUUUGGUGUUGGUAUCUAUACAACUUCUGUUGGUUCAUAUGAAAAGAAAACUUUUAGUAAUUCAAAUAAUUAUGAUGAUCAAAAUCGUCAAUCAAAACCUGAAAUUGAAAAUAUUCAAUUAAAACAACCAUUACAAAUUAAUUUUGAAGCACCAUGUAUUGAAUUUUCAUUUACAAAUUCCACUAGAGAUAUUUUUAAACCAAUUUUUAAUAAAAAAAUCGAAGAAUUAAGAAAUAAACUUCAAAGAUCAUUAACAAUUGAUAGAAAAGAAUAUGAUUCAAAGAUUUUUGAUCUUUUAGAGAUGGGUGAUACAAGAGUUUCAUUACAUACAAUGAUUCAUCAAAUACUUUCGACUAUUCCAUUAGUAAUUUCACCAAAGAAUGAUAUUGAAGAAUCAUUAAAUUUUAUAACCAAAUUAGAAUCAUUAUCUUUUAAUAGUAAUAGUAAUAAUAAUAAUAAUGAUUCUUCCUCAAAUUCAAUGUUUUUAGUUGACUCUGUUGAAGGUGGUACUGGUAGUUGUGAAGAAAUUUUCGAUCAUUUAGGUAUUAUCAUUAGUAAAUCUUCAGAAUUGAAUAAAUGUACAAGUUGUGAAGAAAAUUGUGAUAAAGGUGUUCAUUUAUCUGAUGAAUUGGGUUGUAUUUGUUGUUUUCAUCAAAAUCAUUGUAAAAAUAAGGGUUUAUUAAAAUCUUUAGGUUUAAUCAAUCUUGAUAUUUAA